AUGUCCAACCCAGUCAACGGUCCAGACAUGGAAGGCCGCCGCCCCCCCUGGGGCCCCCAAACCGGCGCGCCCCUCCCGCGCUGGGGCGAGCCCUACAUCCCGCACGCCGGCUACGGCGCACCGGCCCCGCCCCACGGGAGCUACUACUACGGAUACUACCCCGCGGCGACCACAUCCUACCAGCCCUACCCGGGUUCAACAGCCUACGCCUGGCCCGGAGGCGGCGUCCAGCAGCAACAGGGAGGCUACUACUCCCCCAGCUCAUACCCCCUCCAACCAGGCGGCCAAGCAACAUACACCCCGCGCACAGCAACCGGUCUACCAUCCCUCGACCCGCGCAACCCAGCAGCGCACCUCUCCAACUCUACAGGCGGAACGGGCUGCGAACCGGGGUAUAACUACUUUUUCCCCGCGGCGCAUACCAAGAUCCACGUGUUUCGGACGAGCACGCCGCCGUGGCAACUCCCCAACAACGCGCGGAUCCAGUUCUCUGCCUUUCACGUUCCCGUGAACACGACCCUCGCAGAAGUGUUAAAGGGGUUCGGGGCGACGAACGCGAAUCCGAAGAAGAAUAAGUGCUUUGAGAUUGUGCAGGCGGGGAAUGGGCGGUGGUAUAAAGGGUUGUGUUUUUCGGGGGAUGAUAAGGAUAUGAUGAAGAAGACGGUCAAGGAGGUUGGGUGGGAUGGGGAACGGAGUGGGGUUCCGGGGGGGAAGCCUGUUGUUUGCGUGUGGCUUGUUAAGGAUUGA